CUGGACAGCAGAAGCCAAGACGGAAUCGCUGAAGUGCUGAAUAAGCGUCGUUUUAAUCAAACAUCAGAUACGGAGACUCCACGUACCACGGCUGGCUUUUCCCCAGUCGCCAACAAACGCGACGAAGGCGCUGUUUCCGCUGCUUUCGACGAGGGGCGAAUUUCGACUUUUCCAUGGUCCCUCUGUGCAAUAAAAAGCUUGGUAGUUCUACCACAAGUCCAUACGAUGUCAGCAGGUGGUGAGCAAUACAAACCCAGCAGCAGCAGCGGCUAAAUCGCAGUGUUUUUACCCGCCAAUGUUCAUUUAUGUCCGCAAGUGAAGGCGUUUCCAUUCACCGACUCCUUGUGUGUGUAAACAGGUGACUUUUGAGUUGGGUACGAGUCCUAUUCAGAGGCAGUGCUUGCCCUCCUUGUCUGAAUGUCCUUUCUCGAAUGAAAUACAAGUCGUCCACAGGAACGGUUGCUUUUCGGGAGUCAAACAGAAAGUCGUCGUCUGCAUCUCAUCACUGGACCGCCGUUUCCAAAUCCUUGACUAGACUGUGUCGUCUGCCGGUGAAGUUUGUGAGACAGUGCCGUCACUUUGAGUUGGGGAAGCGGCUCUGUUUCUCGCGUUCAAAUAGGGUGUGCUUCAAAAGAAAGACCUUCCCGACUAGAGAGGAUUUCUCGAUCUGUCGAAGUCCUUUUCGCAGCACACCCCGUGGCGCCAAAAAAAUCAUUUUAACCAUUUUUUUUCACUUUUUCUCCUGCUUGCACAUGUACGCAUCUGCAGUCUCUCCUCUUGGGAUGCAAGCAGUCAUUUCGCGAAAAGAGUGGAGUGUUCGGCAUUCGUGUUUAGCGAGUUCUCAGCGGCGUGUUUCUUCCUCCGUUCCUGCCCGCUCGAUUUUCGUUUUGCGUCUCUCUCCCCCUCCAUUUUUCUCUCCUCUCCUCCUCUUCCGCCUUUCUGCGCCUUCCCUUCUCUGUGUCCACUAAAGCAAACGGGUGGUUUCUCAGACGAGUCUGACGAGCACAAUGGACGCGGCUUUCCGCUCGGGUCGCGAGGCUGUGACUCUCAGACCGCGUCGAGGGUCUUCUUCGCGAAAGCGAAUCUCAGAAGAAAAGGAAAAUUCUCUUGAUUCCUUUUCCUCCCGAAGUGGCGCCGAGAGUUCUGUCGCGGAAGACAGCUCCAGCGAACAGACGCCUUGCGAAAGGUCGAGCUGUAGACCUCCUCGCGACACUUGGACACUGUUCCCUUCGCGAAAAACGACCUUUGUCGGAUUCCUUGCACUCGCAUCCUUUCUCUUUUGGCAGUUUUUCGUGGACCCCGAACUGUCUUUCCUUGAAAAUCUCUGGAGCACCAUCCACUUUGUCGACGACUUGGUGACCACGCCGUGCUACUACGCCUUCAACCGAGAGGCCAUGGACGUCGUUCGACGGCGGGCCAACAGAGUGAUGUCGGUGGCUCUGAUGAAAGAGAUUCAGCCUGUGUCCUUCAAGCACACUUGGCGCCUUCGUCCUCGCGAAAAAGACGAGAACUUUUUUCCACGUUCCUCCUCAGACUUUGUUCUCUCUUCCAGUACCCAAAACAUCGCGCCGUCGGACUCCUUGCGCUUCUCGCCGGGCAUACCGGCGUCGAUCUACGAGCAUCCAGAGACUCUUCUUCCUCCCUCGGAUCCGAAUUCUUUCGUCUUUCCUUCUUACGCGAAAGACGCAGCGAGACGCGCAACCGCAAAAAGGCUUGCCUUCGCGGACGGCGCCGGAGAAAACCUUCUUUUUUCUGGGCGGCAGGACCGGCCAGAAAGCGCCUCGGACUCUUCAGGUGCGGACGCCGAGAGUCGGGGUGUACGCGCAUCUCAGGAAACGAGAGAAAUUCCUGUUUCGCAUACGAGCGCCAGUCGCAGGUACUGGAGGCUGCUUCCUCCGUUGGCGGAGCACUCCUGUGUGGGGGACGCAGCAGAGUUUCGGGAGAUCGCUGGCACCUCUGGAAGUAUAACGCAGGGGAACGACGACGCCGUGGUGGAACGCGGAGCCUCCUUUCAGACGAUCAACAUCACCGCGUACUUCCCCGCUGCACCUCCAUACGCGUCUGAAGACGAACGGCGAGGCUUCCGAGCAGAAGCUCGCAGACUCCUUCGCCUCUUUGCUUUGCAUGGGCGCCGCCGCGGAGAAGAAGACUCUUCCUCUUCGAUUGGAGAGAACGAGGCGUUUUCAAGUGGCGGUGGAGGUGCUGGAGCCGCUGAGAAAGAGAGGCUCCACGGCGCGAGGGGCGGCGAAGAGACACUGGGAGGAGAGGGCGAGAGAAGAGACACUGAGGCUGGUGGCGAGACCGCGAGAGAAGGUCGAGAGAAAGACGCGCCUCGGCCACAAGAGGAGGGAGGAAAUGGACCGAGGAGAGGAAAUGCUGAGGCCGAGGGGGUCUAUGCUGCAGGCGCGCAGAGUUUGGAGAAAAAACAAGGACGGAACGACUGGAGAGAAAACCUGGAGCAGGUUUUCAAGCGGGAGAGCAGCCAAGGAGACAGUGCAGCGUGGGGAGAAGACCUUUUCGAAAAACACAUCGAAUUCGUGACUCCAGAGCUUCUCGACUGGAGAGGCGAGAAUCCAGAAGAGGAGUCGGUCGAAAAGAUCCCAAGGGGAAGGCCUGCUUUGUUUUUCCUACAUGGAGGCGGACUCGUGAUGAACGACCAUCGAGGGUACGAUAAACUUCUGCGGCGUCUUAGCAACCUUCUCUCUCCCAGCGGAGCUCUUGUUUUUGCCGUCGACUACAGACUGGCUCCGGAGCACGAAUUCCCUCAGCCUCUUCAAGAUUGUCUCCAGGCGAUUUCGUUCAUCGUGGACAACGCGAAGAUGGUUGGUGUCGACCCUUCCCGACUCGCCAUUCUCGGGGAUAGCGGUGGGGGAAGCCUCGCGGCCGGAGUGAUGGGCGAGGCUCUACGAAGAGUCGACGAAUUUCCCUGGGCGAAAAAUGUGAAGUCUCUCACGCUCGUGUAUCCUUCUUUGUGUCGAGGAUGCGCGACGCGAUCCCAGAUCGUCGAAGGUUCCUUGUUUUACCUCAAACGCGACAUCUGGUUUUCCUUGUUGUAUUCGCCGGCCAUCGGACCACAAGACGACUGGCGCCAAAAGCCCUUCACAACGCCCUCUGCCCUUCUUCGUCAGUUUCCCACGACCUUUCUAGUCCUGUUCACUCAUGACAUCAUGUACGACAUCGGCGUUCUGUUCCAUGAAAAACUUCGUCGACACGGUGUCAGGACUGGCAUUUACAUUGCCCCUGGUUUCCACGGCUUCUUCGGUAGCGACCGGUGGAGUCGUUUUGGGGUGCCGUCGGUAGAGUGGGCUGCCGACAGGAUCAUGGACAAUUGGUAAAGUCGACGGAUGUGUUCUGUCGAAACUCAGUGGCGCAGACUCUACAUUUUGGCCGAUCUUUUGAAACGACUUUGAAAAACGUUCUCAAACGAUAGCUUCAGGGAAUUCGGUAUUCGCGCCCCCGAAACGGCGUAGCGGUGUACUUCCAAUGACUUGUGCCUUUGCAGCCAUCGGAGACUUUGAGCACCCCCGCAGACAGGCUUUCUAUACAGUGUGCAAUCAUUCGUCUGCACUCAUACAUCAUUCAAGGAGGAAACCUGGCAGAAAGUACUCUAGAUAAGCGCUAACAGAACGGUCUUGCGCUCCGGCGUGACGCAUGAGCCUGGCCUCUAUCUAGUACGAAACACACGAGUCUGUUUGAUACCAGUACACCUUGGAAUACUUUUUAUGUGUGAACGUAGGAACUGUUUAGCAACUUUCAACGUGAUUCCACACUAUGAGUCAAAUUUGAGGCGAAAUCG